CACAAUUAGUACACGAUCGGUCGUUCCGCGGCUACAAUGUUUCCUAUAUUACUUCUCGUUAUCAUCGGUCUCAUCUUUAUCUAUCUAACAGGCCAAUACAAUGAGAAUUAUUGGAGAAAACGCGGUGUAACUUUCUACGAGAAGAACAAAGUUCUCGGCAUUUUCUGGGACUUUCUCACCACCGAGAAGGCCUUGUUUGAGGUUCUCAGCGAUCUUUACACCAAAUACGAAAACGAGCCUGCUGUUGGAAUCGGAUCUCUCAUGACUCCGAGCCUCUUCGUGAUCGACCCACAAAACGUCCAGCAUAUAACGCAGACCGACUCCCAAUCCUUCAACCAUAGAGGUGUAACCAUAAACAAAGGCGAUCUGUUGGCUGAUAACCUGCUCUUUAUGAAUGGUCCAAGAUGGAAGCUGAUGCGACAGAAAAUGUCGCCGCUCUUCACUGCGACUAAACUCAAAAACAUGUUUUAUAUUAUAGACAAAAGUGCGCAAGAUUUCGUGGCAUAUUUAAAGGAGAAUCCAGAGAAUUUGAAAGGUAAUGGAUUUGAUACAAUGAACGAGUUUUGCAGUGCAGCCAUCGCAGCCGCUGUGUUCGGCAUCGGUACGGAAUCUACAUUCAAGUCACCAUUCUUAAAGAUGGCAAGAGACGCAGUGAGAGUUAACUGGCGAACUAACCUUAGGUUCGCGGUCCUGAAUACCAGCGAAACGUUGAGCCGAAGUAUAGGUUUGAAGUUGUUUAAAGAGCAAGAACCACUUUUCAUUGAUGCAAUAAAACAAGUGUUAAGAGCUAGGGAAAAUGAUAAUGUUAAAAAGCACGACUUCGCUGAUAUUUGCGUGAGUCUACAGAAAGCAGGGACUAUGAAAGACGAUGAGACGGGCCAGGAACUUGAACCGUCAGACGAGCUCCUCGCUGCCCAAGGAUUCUUCUACUUCAUCGCUGGCGUCGAGCCGACCGCCAGCGGUCUGUUUGGGGCGCUUAUCGAGCUGGGCAAAAACCCGGAAAUCCUAGAGAAAUUGCAGAAAGAAAUCGACGAAACUUUUGAGAAGCAUAAUGGAAUCAUCACGUACGAUGUAAUCUCCGAGAUGAAAUACCUUGAUCAAGUCUUAAGUGAAGCUUUAAGAAUGCAUGCGCCUAUAGGCUUCAUAGGCAGAAAAUGUGUUAGCGAUUCAGUGCUUCCCGUUGGGAACAUAAAAGUGUCAUCAGGCACGAAGAUAUACAUCCCUGUAUUCAGCAUGCAUUACAACCCAAAAUUCUUCCCUGAGCCUGAGAAGUUUGAUCCGGAUAGGUUUUCUGCGGAGAAGAGGACGGGUAGUGAGGUGGCUUACUUGCCGUUCGGAAAGGGAGCGCGGAUUUGUAUAGGGAUGCGGUACGCACGGCUGCAGGUGCUGACGGGGCUGUUGCACCUGCUGCGGCACUACCGCGUGCUGGCCCACCGCACCCCCGCCAAGAGGAAGUACGCGAAGGGACAGUUCCAGUUAAGACAGAUCGAUACCGAUAUUGAACUGAUACCGAGAGACAUAUAGGUAGAGCAAGGAUACCAACGGAUGGAUCUUUGAAGGGAAUGCACUGAUUGAGGGUGUUGUAUAAUAUUAUUUAUUUAUUUAUUAAAGUUCCAUACAUUAAAUUUAUCGCCAAGUUACAAAAUCUGACUGUUUAGCCAAAAAUUGCUUAUUUACAGCCUAAUUAGACUAAUUCACUAAUUUGGUAUGUUACAAUAUUGUACACAAUACACAUGUUACAUUAAAGUUUCUUUUUAACCGACUUCAAGAUUUCAAAAGCAGGAGGUUAUCAAUUCGGUGUGUAUGUUUUUUUUUGUUUUUUUUUUUUAAUGUUUGUUACUUCAUAACUCCGUCAUUUCUGAACCGAUUUUGAAAAUUAUUUUUUUGUUUUAAUCUAUAUAUAUAUAGAUUGGUCCCAUUUUUGUCAAAACUCAGUUCUGAUGAUGGGAUCCAUGAGGCAUAUAGUGAUCUUAGUAUUUUCAUCAUCAAAUCAAGCAUUUACAUUUGUAGAAGUGACAUUUGAUGAAGCGAAACUGCUGAUGAUGAACAGAAUGGAACUUUUCAAUGCCGCAUAGUUCACGUUUGGCAAUUUGUUCUCUUCGCAUGUUUGUGAAGCAGUUAGGUUUUCAAGGUACAUUUUUGUCAAGCUAGAGUUUUGAUGAUGGAUUCCAUGAGGAAUUGAGGGUACUUCUCAACUCUUUUAAGCAAACUUAUAGCCAUUUUUAAUAUUAUUUCAUGUAUGGUGUGAAAUAAUUUAUUUUAAAUAUAAUCGAGUACCCUAUUGCGGGUAAUUUACCAGUCUUUUUAAUUUCAUUGUAUGAAAUCCAAAAUCAACAAUAAUCUUUCUUUCACCGUUCUACCUCAUUGAAGUCGGUUUUUUUUCUUAAAAAUUAUUUAAAAUACCUAUAUUCAUGGUUGUUAGAUGACAAGAGGCAUUUGUUUAUACAGUGUGUAAAUCAAAUACAGACGAUAAAUUAAAUCAGAUAUAGAAUUAAUCCGUUUAGUCAUUAACUAAGAAGUUUUUUUAAGUUACACUUAAUCGAGACCCCGUAAUGUUACCGACCAGCAAUGUACUGCAAACACUACGAGGAAUAACAUGACAUUACACGAGCGUUGACAGUUACUUUAAAAAGCUCGUAUCUCGUAGCUUUUAUGUGUUGUUACAUUGCGGCUGGAAUUAUUUUGUUUCAUUAAUAUUUUCACUGCAAUUUAAGCAAAAUUUUCUCAAUAUACUUCUAGGGCAUGCACCCAGAGAAUUAUGUCAAGCAGCUAGUGUUAACCUUCGAGGGUUUUAGAGCCUUUACGAGUUGGUGUGGUGAGACAUUUAUUUGUUUUACGAGGGUUUUAUUGAUACCCAAGCAAGCGACGGAUUAAAAAACUGUAUUUUUAAGCAUAAUUAUUUUUUACCACACCAACUGGUAAAGGCCCUCUUGAUAGUUCGAAAACGAAUGAGAAAGUUGCAUUUUAUCCACAUGUGAGCAAAGUAAUCAGAUACAAAUUUUGAGUUGUUUCCUUAUGUUAGCUAGUAGUAUAGACUUCUAAAUGAUGAUUUUGAAUGAUAAUGACUUGAUUUUGUUUGAUAUUAAACAAUUAGUAUUUUACUUGCUUUGGUGUGGUGAAAUUUUUUGUGUUUCGGCUCGGUGGCAAACUUUGUUUAAUCGUGCUUUGAAACCUUCGCAACGCUCAUGAUUUGAAAAAUAACUACAUAUUAGUUGGUGUCACUGUACUUACUGAUUACGGAAGGAUACAUUUAUCAACUACUUUAUAUAACUAUGUAAGUACCUACCUAAUAUAUUUAUAAUGUAAGACAUGGGUCAUUUGGUCAUUUCAUAGGUUAAAUACGACUAGAAAUGUGUCACCGAUAACUGUACUUGCAUAUUGAUAAGACGAUUUCUGCUACAUGGAUGUUUAUAUGAAAUAAAUACCUAGUUAAAUAUUACCGAAGAGAACAUUAACAUCAUAUACCUACAAAUCGAAUUAUCCACAACUCAGUGACGCUUGUGUUGUGGGUAGCUAUAUAAUAUACUUAUAAGAAAUAUAGCGUCUAAAUCAUUGUAUAAUAAAAAACAAAAACAGUUUAACUAGGUAAUAUGAGUAUUUAUUUUUUACAUCUUGUGAUAUAAUAACGAAUUCGUCUCCAACUUUCAAUGCAUUGCAGAACCAUGAUAAACACUUUCAAGAAAUUACAUAAAUAAUGAUUCGUUUUGAAA